CUCCCAUUAUUCAAAGGUCUGUUUGUUUUCCAAUUUUAAACGCGCGCUCGAGAACUCUUCGCAGUUCGAUUCAAAUUUACAAGGAGCAACCUACUUUCCACCAGAUAGUGAAAGCGACCACCGGAACACUUGCCAAACGCCGGGAACAUGUCGGGCUUCCAGAUCCCCGGCCUGGGGCUCGCGAAACCUAACGAGACCUUGCCGCCUCUGCCACCCGAUGUGCCUCCAGCGGCGGCCAGCUUCGAGGGCAUCGACACUGGUAACGGAGCCCAGGACCAGAAGCAAGGGGAGAAGCAAGAGCAGACACAGCAACAGAACGAGGACACAACAAUGGGAGAGAACACCAUGGAAACCCAGCCCGCCGCCGUGACGACUGAAGCCCAGCCUGCCGCUGCGCCAGAACAGGCCCAGCCCAGCGAUCCCGAGGCCAUGAAUGUCGACGAGGCCAACGAGCAGCCCUCCCUGAUGGACGCCCUCGAAGCCAUGAUCGGUGGACUUGACCCUACGCCCCCCGUACAAGCUCCCGUAGCGGCACAAGAAACCCCCGUAGCGGCGGCCCAAGACACUUCGGCGCCCCAGCCAGCCGAGGGCGCCAAUGCCGCUGUCGUCGCCGCCGUCGCAGAACAAACCGCCGCAGAACAGCCCCUCACCGCCGAAGGCGAACACCCCGAGUGGGAGAUCGACUCCUCGCCAUACGAGUCCUCGUCCGAAUCGAGCAGCGACGACUCCUCGUCCGACGAGGAAUCCGAGGCCGGCGGCUACCAGCUGCUCGGCGUGGAGGAGACAGCGCGCAUGUUGAUGGAGAUGGAGGGCGGCUCGGACGACGAGGGCGGCAACGAGGGCGGCAAGGCCGGCACGUCAGGCCACCUCCGGACCAAGAACGAGAUGGUCGUCGAGACCGUCCCCAAGCCCGACGUCACGCUCGCGGCGGACGACAAGAUCGAGGCGCUCGGCCUCGUCGACCAGAUCGUCGACAACAUCAUGGUCAUCAAGGCCUUUACGCCGGGCGAGUACCAGGUCCUCGACACGGGGUCCGUGCUCUGCACCGAGGACCGCAAGGUGUUCGGCGUCGUCUGGGAAACGAUCGGCAAGGUGCUGCAGCCCAUGUACACCGUCAUGCUCUCGACCGCCGACGAGAUCAGGGAGGCCGGCCUGGCCGUCGGGGCCAAGGUGUACUACCCGCCCGCGCACGCAAAGUUCGUCUUCACGCAGCCGCUCAAGAACCUCAAGGGCUCCGACGCGAGUAACAUCCAUGACGAGGAGGUGGCCGAGGACGAGAUGGAGUUCUCGGACGACGAGAAGGAGGCGGAGCACAAGAAGCAGGUCAAGCAGAAGAAGAAGGAGGCAAGGUUCGGCAAGGGCGGCAGCGCCGCCGCCGAGGGGCGGGGACGCGGCGGUCGGGAACCGCACCCGCUGCGCAACGAGGUCAGCGCGCCACCCGUGGAAGGCGGCCUCAACUACGACGACGAGGACGACGGCCCGUACAAGCCUCUCGCGCGGCCCCCCGGUUUCGGGCAGGUUCCGCCGACACAUCAGACCUUCACCACGGAACCCGAGCCGGGCAGGUUCGGCGGCCGUAGGGGCGGCCGAGGUGACUUCAGGGGACGCGGCGACAGAGGCAGAGGAGGUCGCGGCCGCGGACGGGGCGGUCACGGAGGGAGAGGAGGGGGGGACCAUAGGGACGGAUACUCGGCGCCUCCGCACCAAAGGCAUCAUUCGUCGCAACAGGAGGGCGGCGGCCUACAGCACCCUCAAGGACAAUGGGGUGGCAACGGCGGCUACCAAGCUCCUCCUCCUCCUCCCCCACCGCAGCAGACCGUGCCAGCACCGGCGGCGCCUGCGUUCAACUUCCCUUUCCCCGGCUUGCCGGUGCAGCCGGGUCAGCAGGGCUUUCCCGCUGUCCCGCCACCGCCGCCUGGAUGGCCGGCGCAGGGCGGACAGACGGCGCAGAACCCGCAGGGCGGCGGGUAUAUCAACCCGGCCUUCUUCGCGGCGUUGCUGGGUCAGAUGCAGCAGAAUCAGGGGCAACAAGGUGGACAGCAGCAGCAGCAGCAAGGACAACAACCGCCUCAGCAACCUCCUCAGCCACCGCAUCAGUGGGGUGCUCAGCCGCCUCCGCGGUAAACUGGCGGAAGGGGAAAAGCUUGGAAGAAAAUGUGCGGUGGCGAGAGGGCCUCCGUCGAGAACUAGAACGGUGGGUCUCGACGUGUUUAGGUGCGCUCUUCAGUAUCCUGACGCGGCCGACGACGCAAGUUGGAUCAGGCACUGCAGUGCCCUGAAGGAUUGGACACACUUGUGCUUUGCCCGCGACGAGCGCGGACGUCCCGCGCAAAUGAGGCCUCGAUGCCAGGGGCGCGAACCGUGCUGGGUGGCUUGACUUAGCAGCCCAUGUUUGCUGCGCCAGCCCCAGGUCCAGACCUGAAAAUAAAAAAGUCGAAUUGUGAAUCGCCAAAACAGCCACGUUGGAUUAAUAACGGACGACGAUGUCUCUAAAACGCACCUAGAACGGAAGAGACGGCCUAGCCUACAGAGUAGAUAAAAGAGUGGAUAAAAGUUGAUGUAUUCAAGGCCGUGC